AUGUCAGGAGGUCAGUGUUUCAGUCACCAUGCACCAGCUGACCAAACACUUUGCAACAAAGGUAUGGGCGACCUGGGUGAUGCACUUGUAAAAGAGUCGAACUUUUCCACCAACCAGUUCAUGUCACCAGGUGUGGGCUUGUGUUCACUUGGGACGAAAAAUAUGAAUAUACCUUCACAACAUCCCUCUUUGUCGUCACAUUUCGCUGUCUGGCCCGAUAACAAUACGUCAUGUUACUCUUCUGUCCCACUGCAACCUUCUCAAAACACUGUUCCUCCGAAUCAUUUUGGAUCGUUUGUUGGGGUCUCUUCUCCCAAUUGUAAUUCAACUGUUUGUAUGAAUUCAGGAAGUCAAUCAUGGAGCACGAAUCAACCCUCGCCACACCAGGCUUUUGGAGGUUUUGUUACUUAUCCGUCGAAUAACUUGGCAUCAAACCAUGAAGCAUACUUAUCUCAGGUCCAAAGUCAGUUGACAGCAAUACAUCUGGGUAAAAGUUCUUUGAAUUCCUAG